GACUACCGCAUGCAUGUGCGCAGUCACCGGCACCCCUCUGCCUCCAAUGAUUUCCUUUUGAGUCUUGGAACGUUCCCGACUUCAGAUAACAGAGACAGCGCUUGUACAAGGCGCUAGAAACGUGCAAAAAGGAAUUCUUUUCCGCAAGCGACAUUCAAGUUUUGAUACAGCUGCCUGCUUUUUUUUGCCUCAAUCAUUUAAUGCCGCAGUACGCAGCCGCAGUACCUGGAGAGAGCGCCGCAGUAUUCCCUCCUUUCAUUUGCGAACUCACCUAAUAAUCUUUGACAUCUUUACUUGCACCACCACUAGUCCUCGAUGAUCAUCUUAGAGAAGCAGCUCCAGGAUGAGUGUGCCGAGGUGGAAGAGGCCGGGAAAGAUCAAACAGAGGCGGCGAACAACGCCAUGGAUGAUGCACCACCUCCAGCAUAUUCAACACACGUGCAGCACACAUCAAGCUCAGGUUCCACGGAGUUUCAGCCUCCUUCCAAACCUACCAAUUUUCUUUCACUUGUACUCAAGGAUAAACCUAUACGAGGCUGUUAUGUGAUCGACCCUCGAAUGGAAAUACCCCUCAAUCUGCUUCCUCCAUUGAAUACUGGAGAAACAGAUCAGGAAAGGAAAAAUCUGUUCCUUCGCACAAAGGACGGGAGUAUCGAUGCUGAUAUUUGGUUGGUCGGUCAAGAGGAAGCUACUCCUAGGAGUGGUAGGCGCACUACGCUCUCGCUAAGUUCCGACGAUGGAAGCAUCACGGCCAAGAUUAAUACAGUCAAGGUCAUUGCACCAUUCCUGUUGGACAUUUAUUCACGCGAUGGACGAGUAACCGUCCUUCUACCUCGGUCAUUCCACGGUUCGCUUCUCCUGACCACCAGGCAAAGUACAAAGCUUUCCGACGACCUUAUGCAACAGAGCACCAUGUUAAGCACUGUUGAGCAUACGCGGCGAUAUUUCGUCGGUGACACCGGUGACGUUUCGCAUCGAUUGUUUGGCAAUGAUUGGAAUGGGGACGAGCUCAAGGUUGUGUCUCGGGACGGCAGGAUUAUAAUCAGAUACAAAGAUGAGGCAGAGCUACCGAAAUUUGGAUUCUUCAGUCGAAUAUUCAGCAGCUAGAUCGAUGACGCGCGUAUACGAAUACUUAUAGGGGCCAGUGAUUACGAUUCAAAUUGGAUGGCACAGGCCGCGGCUUGUGGCGGCUGACCGUUUGUGAUCACGGAACUGCCUCGGAAAAAUCUCCCCACGCACGGUGGCAGAUAAUCACUUCCGAGAUCCGAUGAUCAUCUCCGACUCAGAUCGGCAUCGUCCGACUU